UCUAUAUAAAUAAAGAAGGGGAUCAAAGAAGAGUGAAACAAAGUGAGGGGGAGAAAAUAAAACCAAAAGUAAAAAAGCCAUGGAAGUAAUUGGUACAAAUUUGAGCCCUAUGAUUAUUAUUGUAUUAGCAUUAAGCUUUGCAAUAUCAAUCAUCUUUCACCUUCUUCUUAAACUCUUUCUAGUUACUUCAAAAAAAAACCCUAAUUUGCCUCCUGGCUCCAUGGGCUUACCCUUUGUUGGUGAAACUCUUAGCUUCCUCAACCCUCAUCAUUCCAACUCAAUUGGUACCUUCCUUCAACACCAUUUCUCAAGGUAUGGGAAGAUUUUCAAAUCUCGUCUAUUCGGUAGGCCGGCCAUAGUGUCAUGUGAUAGAGAGCUUAACUACUUCGUUCUUCAAAACGACGAUAAGCUUUUCAAAGUAAGCUAUCCAAAAGCAAUGCAUAAUAUUCUAGGUACCAAUUCUUUGCUUAUUAGCGCCGGCGACACUCACCGGAAACUUCGAAGUGUCAUUGUUAGCUUCAUCACCAGGUGCAAAACCAGACCCAAUUUUCUUCACUCCCUCCACAAUUUAUCUGUCUCUUUAACGGACUCUUGGAGAUCCCAAACCCAUGUCUCCUUUAUCAAAGAAAUGAAGAUGUUUGCUUUAAGCCUUAUGGUGAAGGAAGUAUUUGGCAUCGAAGCAAAGGAGUUGAUAGGGACAAAGAUAUUUGAAGAGUUUGAAACCUUUAUGAUAGGCUUUGUUUCUUUGCCUUUAAAUUUCCCAGGAACUCCUUACUUUAAGGCUGUCAAGGCUAGAGGAAGACUUUCUACGAUUGUGAAAGAGAUGAUAAGGGAGAGAAGAAAGAGAGGAUUAGUUGGAGGGAAUAAUAAUGAUGAUGAUUUUCUACAAGUGUUAAUGUCAAAUAAUUGGAAGCUUAGUGAUGAAGAAAUUGUGAGUGUUGUUUUGGACAUAAUGCUUGGAAGUUACGAGACAACAGCUACUCUCUUGGGAUUGAUUGUCUAUUUUCUUGCUCAUUCACCUCCUAAUAUUCUUGCAAAAUUGAAGGAAGAACAUCAAGCAAUAAGAAAUGGAAAAAGAAAGGGAGAAUGUCUCAAUUUGGAAGAUUACAAGCGAAUGGAGUUCACAUUCAAUGUGGCAUAUGAAGCCAUGAGAUGUGGGAAUGUGGUGAAGUUUUUACAUAGGGAAGCUAUUACAGAUGUCAAAUUCAAAGAUAUUGUCAUACCCAGUGGGUGGAAAGUUCAUCCAGUUUUCUCAGCAAUUCAUCUUGAUCCAACCCUUCAUCCAAAUCCACAACAAUUUAAUCCUUCCAGAUGGAGUGAUGAUAAGGAAAUGAACAAAAAAGUGACACCAUUUGGUGGAGGGCCAAGACUUUGUCCAGGGAUUGAGCUUGCCAAACUAGAGAUUGCUUUUUUCGUUCAUCAUUUUGUCCUUAAUUAUAGGUGGAAGACAAGAGAUGAUGAAUGUCCACUAGCUUACCCAUAUGUUAAAUUUAAAAGAGACUUGAUGCUUGAGAUUGAGCCCUUGCAGCUACUCAAAUGAACAACAUUUGUGUGUUGUGUGAUAUCUAUGUACUAGUCCAAAGACUGAUUAAGGGAAUAUUAUAUUGUAUAUCUACUCUCUCGACCCUCGACCCUCGACCCUCGACCCCCGACCCCCGACCAUUAUAUCGUGUACCUUAUUGGCAUUGUUUAUGUCUUAAAUAUUGGAAUAUACAUAUAUAUAUAUAUGUCAAAUUAAUGUUUGUUUUGACUAA